UUAGAAGGAAAAAAAUUACAAGAAGAUUAUGCUAGUAUUUUACAAUAAUCAAUGAUGCAUAAUUAUUCAUCAUUAAUUAUUAAUCAUGAUUUAUGAAGCCAAAACUGGGAACCUCUUGUGGCCUAUGAAAGCUUGCCUAAGAUCAUUGUAACCAUUCCUGUAAUGUUCAAGUGAGAAGCAUAAUUGUCUUAUUGCUUCUCUUUUCUCUUCACCCCCUUCAAUUAUUUCAUCUUUCAACCUUUGAUUCUCUUCCACCAUCUUCUUAAUUUCAACAUCUUUUGAAACCACCAAUUCUUUUAGGGCACAAAUUUCACCAUUCAGUUCCUCUAUGUUCCUUUCUCUCCCCUUAAUUUCUCCAUUCAAUAACUCCAUCUCGCAUUCCAUCUUCUUAAUUUCUUCCUCCAACUGAAUCUGUUCAUCCAAAACCCUUCUCAACUCCGAUUCCAAUUGCGAUUUCUCCGCCAUCUUUUCUUUCAGCUUCACGCGCUCUCUUUUCUCGGAGUUGAAUUUCACUUUCCAAAACUCGGAUUCCUUAGUGGCUACGCUAAUCUGAUCCUUCAACAAUGAAAUUUGCAGUGUCGGUGAUAAUGAUUCAGUAACAUUAUUGUUAUUAUUAUGCAAAUUAUUCAUCAAUUCCAUAGAUCUAUAUUUCUCAAGCUCAACCUUGAGCUUGUAAAUUUCUUCCUCAUAAACCCUAAAUCUCUCAUUCACAUUCCUCAAUUCAUGUUCAUCCCGAGGAAAAUCCAUUUCCACUUCCAAGAUCCUCCUAUUCAUACCGCUAUCACUGCCACUACCACUGUAGAAUCCAGAAUUAAAACUCUGGACAGAAGAAUUAUCCGAAGAUUCAUCGUCGGAAUCCGUCAGAGUCGAAGAUCCGUCUCCAUCUUUGUGAAUUGCAUCGUAGAAACAAUUGUUGUUAUUCACAGCAUUGGAAGAGCCAAGGAAGAAAUCAAACCCUGGGGCUCUAUAGCUGGAACCGCGGCGAGGAUUCAUUGAUGCAUGUGAUUCAGAACCGUUAUCUGAAUGACAUGAUUGAACAUCAUGAUCGUAGCGUUCUGCUAAUGAUUUGUAUCCUCGAUAGAAUUCUUCAACAAGUGCAAUCAACUCUGGCCUUUUCUGGUAAUACAUCUCAGCCUUUUGUGCAAAUGAAUCUCCACCAUCUUCAAUUAGCUGCAGCAUUCGCUUCACAUUGUGUUCCAUCUCCGAGGUGUUGGGGGAAAGAGGAAGGGGAAUCAAGUGUUGUUUGUAUGAGGAUUAGGAGAAAAAAUGAUGAUUUUUAUAUGAAGAAAAGAAAAAAAAGAAACAAUGUGAAAGGUCUUCUUUUGCUUUUUUAACAUUAUUUCUAUGUUUAGAAUGUGGUAACAAUAACAAACACGGUCAUAAUGAUGGUAUGUUAAACUUAACUUUGUUAAAAGCAGGAAAGGAUUUCCGUUAUAAGAGGAAAAGAUAGGGUUUUGUUAGAGACUUUUGGUUUUCUUUUUACUAAAGAAUUGAAUUUUCUUGCAUGGAUACCAAAGUUAAGAUUUUCACGUAAAAUUUGAUGUUAGUUAUAUAUAAGUAAAGCUAUGUAGUAUGGAAAUUAUUAUUUGGUAAGCACAAUUAAUUCGUUAAUGUUGGUACGUUAAACUAUUUGUUCUAUUAAGCAAUGAUGAACUAUGUGUCAUGUAGAUUUACAUAAGAUUAUUGGUGAAAUUAAAAGUUUAAAGAUUAGACAUUUAAUCAAAAUUCCUUUAUUAUAUAUAAAAUAUAAUCAAAAUUCAGUUCCAAUUGAGUUAAAUAUAAUAAAAUAAUAUAUUAUAUAUAUUUUUUAAAAUUCCUUAUUUUUUAAUUAAUUUUUAAAUCGUUUUUUAUACAAAAAAUAUAUGUUCAAACGGUUAAGUAGUUUUUGACCAAUAUUUUUAACAUAUUUUUUUUGUUUAAACUAAAUUUCCAAGUUGACCGAUUCUGUUAGUUCAGUUUUUGACCAAUUUUUAAUGGAUUUUUUGUUUGAACUAGAUUUGCCCGAUUCUGUAAAUUCAGUUUUUGACCAAUUUUGAAUGGAUUUUUUGUGUUAAACUAGAUUUGCUAAAUGACUGAUUCUGUUAAUCUGAUUAAAUUGAUCAGUUGGAUAUUUCGUUACAAUUGUAAUAAUAUUCUCUCAGCUUCUUAAUUAUAUUAAAAUGUAUGAAUAAGAUUAGUUAAAAUUUUUAUCGUGCCGAAACAAUAUAAUUUUAUGUAGGAUAUCAUCAUUACUAUCAUUGUAUGAAGGAAAGAGCUUUGUCGAUCGCUCAGGUGGUUCUAUAUAGCUCAAGCAUGUGAUUACUUCCGAUAGAAGAAUAUCUAUGUUUUGAAAAUUAUAAUAAUGAAAAAUCACCCAGACAAAUUUAAUUUAAAUUAGGUUCGUUCAUUUUAGUUGCAAAAAAAAAAUUAAGCUCAAAGCAAACUAAUUAUAUCGAAUAUGUUUGCAAAUGAGCAGAUUUAUCUGUGUCUUGAUAUUUUCCAUAUUUAUAAAAGAAGCAAUAAUUGAAGGAAAGUGGUUAAUAAAUUUCAGACAUUAUCCUUUUGUCCAAGUAAUGCGGUACAAUCAUUGUAUUCCACGUCUUAAUUUCGGACAAAAUGUUCUUUCCUCAUUGUUUUCAUAUUGUCCUUGAUCAACGCUUCCAUCUUGUUUUGUUCAUAUAGCACAAUAAUAUGUAUCCUUGUUUAUAUCAAUUAUCAAAUGUUUUAUUCCAUAUUCUUAGCAUAUGCGUAAUAGAACAACUUUUCACCUAGUUUUGAACAUCAAGAACCUACUAUGUUCCAUAUACAUAUAUAAAUAUACCUUCCCAACAGCUUUGUUUCUUCAAUGCCAAAACUCAAACCAAACAAAUAGUCAACAAAUUAUAUUGUUCACAUAAUAAUUUGAUUAAGCAAUGGAACAUGGCAAGAGCAAAUUCCUUCUUUCCUUUUCUCUUGCAAUAUGUUUGAUGUUCUUGCUUAGUCCCACUAAUGCUGAGAACAAAACUGAACCAAGGAGAAACGCCAAUCUGAGCCCCUUUGAGAGUUGGAGGAGCGCAUACUUCUGUAUUAUGAAUAAUCAUUCAGAAGCUUGCGCUCAACAUAACACGUUGACAUUCAACGGUACAGUAUUUGUGAACCAAAAUGAAAUCGUUGACUACUGUAUUGGUGGAUGUGCUCAACACACCCUUGACGUCAUCAGAUGCGUCCGUGACGUCAAGCCUCAUGGCUUCACAUUUGAGACCGGUGCUUCCCUCUCCUUCGUUGAAAACGCCAUUCAAACUGCUUGCAUUCAACAUACAGCUUUGAAUACAUCUUACACUAAACCCAACGGUGCCACGAGUUUGCAUGGGAGAUUAUACAUGCCAAUUGUUUCAGCACUAACAACAUUGGCCUUCAUUUCCACCUUCAAUAUGUGAUACUCUUUGCAAAGCCAUAUCUAGAAUGGAGUAAAAGGGGCAGAAUAUGAAAUGCAAAGAAGCUACGUAAAAAAAAUAAAAUAAAAUAAAAUAAGCUUCCACAUAGAUAUUGCAGUGUGCCAAUAGUCUUGAUUAAUGUUAUUCUAUAAAUAUAGAAAUAAAUAAGCAGUUUCAUUUUUAUUUUUCCUUUUCCUAUUACCAGUAUAUAGGGUAUAUAAUUUCUGUAGCCUAU